AAAACCCACCUCAGUCCAGGUCUUCAUUCACAGCCCAAUGGCAGUCCCAGCAGCCCUGGCAGGACUCCAGGCAGAAGCCAACUGUCCUGUCUGUCUGGAUUACCUCAGAGACCCCGUCACCACCGAAUGUGGGCACAACUUCUGUCGCUGCUGCAUCCAGCAGUCCUGGGCUGAUCUCAAGGACAGGUUCCCAUGCCCCGUGUGCCGUCAUGCAUGCCAGGAGAGGCACUUGAGGAGCAACACCCAGCUGGGAAGGAUGAUUGACAUUGCCAAGCUCCUCCAUAUCACCAGGACCAAGAAGAGGAGGCCGGAAGAGAAACAUUUGUGUGAGAAGCACAACCAGGUCCUGACCCUCUUCUGUGAGGAGGACCUCGAGGUGUUGUGUCCCAAGUGCACACAGCCCCCUGACCACCAGGGCCACUUGGUAAGGCCCAUGGAGGAGGCUGCCUCUCAUCACAGGGAGAGGCUCAGCCGUUACAUUGAGCCCUUGAAGAAGCAGAUGGAAAAUGUUCAGAAAUUAAUAAACAUUCAAAGCAAAAAACCCUUAGAGCUGAAAGAGAAGGUGGAAAAUCAAAGGCAGGAAUUACUCUCUGAAUUUGAGUGCUUGAAGCAAUUUUUAGACCGUGAUCAAGAAGCCGUUCUUUUGAGGCUAGCUGAUGAAGAGAAAGACAUUCAGCAGAAACUCAAUGCGAACAUCACCGCAUUUUCAAACUACAUCUCCAUACUCAGAGGUCUGCUUAGUAAAGUAGUAGAGAACAGUGCGCUGUCUGAAGUGGAAUUGCUGUCACAAAUUAAAAAUUUCUACAGGAGGUCUGAGGAUGAGAUAAGUCCAUCAAUUUUCUCAAUCCAGUUAAGAAGGGAAGGCUGCAGCUUUCCUCCCCAGUAUUCUGCUUUGCAGAAAAUUAUAAACAAAUUUAGAGUAGACAUUAUCCUAGACCACGAGACUGCACACCCUAACUUGAUUGUCUCAGAGGAUAAGAAAUAUGUGACGUUUUCGAAGAGAAAACAGAGUGUUCCUCAUUUUCCAAAAAGGUUUAUAGCCAACACAGUUGUCUUGGGUUUUCCAUAUUUUUAUUCUGGCAGGCAUUACUGGGAGGUAGAAGUGGGAGACAAAUCUGAAUGGGCUGUGGGGAUUUGCAAAGACUCCCUUCCCCCAAAGGCCAGGAGAUCUCCGCAGGCCUGGCAGGGCUGUUGGGUGAUUCAGCGGCAGGAAGAUCGGUAUGAGGCGGUGGGAGCCACGGCAACUGUGCUGCUUUUGGCUGUGAACCCCAGAGGCAUUGGCAUUUUCUUGGACUAUGAGCUGGGUGAGAUCUCAUUUUAUAACAGGACUGAAAAAUCUCACAUCUAUACUUUCACUGACACUUUUACCAGACCUCUUAGGCCUUAUUUCUAUGUAGGACCUGAUUCAAAACCUCUCAGGAUCUGUAUGGGGACAGAUUGUGAAUGAAAGCUGCCUGGAUCAUCUUCAUAGUUAGUUUUAAAGAAUGGAAGGUGGAUGGGCUAUUGUAUUAAUAUGCCAGUAAAGCUAAUCUUUCCACUUCCCCCAGUUUUUUUUCUUUCUCAGUUUAAUCCAAGAAGAAAGUUUUAUUGUUUCAACAAUUCUCUAAAAAACAGUAAUGCCUCUCUCCAGGAAUGUCACAGGGGUUUGCUGGGUCUGUGGGUGAUUAAAUUUGUCAAAAUGUAGAUGGAGUUUGCAAGAGAUUAAUAACCAAAACAACUGGUCACCUUCGCCUCAGCUCUGAAUUUGUGCUACUAAAACAUUGUGCUCAGGGCGUGUGGGUGGCUUAGUCAAGCAGUUGCCUUCCGCUCAGGUUAUGAUACCACAGUCCUAGGAUCAGGCCCUGCCUCGGCCUCCCUACUCAGGAGGGAGCCUGCUUCUCCCUCUCCCUUUGCCUGCUGUUCCGCCUACUUGCACGAUCUGUCAAAUAAAAAAGUCUUAAAAAACUGCUCUUCCUGCCAUGUACAAGUUGUGUACUAGACAGGAGCCGAUUGUAACCUUGGUUUUCUCUAAGUGCUCAAUUUGAAGGGGUUGGGGGUGGGCAUCAGAGAGAGCCUUUAACAUACCAGGGUUUGACAGCUUUUCCCCUUACCCCAAGGGGCCAGCUGCUGGUGGCACUCACUACAUCUGCCUUCUUAGAAACCCUUUAUAUAGUUUUCAUUUCAUUCU